GGGCGUCGUCACUCCUGUUGAUAAAGACUUUUCCGCAGUCGCACUGUCAGUGUUGAGCUGAACUGAAGUUUUUUUCAACUGAUUCUGAGACAGCCAGAUUACGACACCAUGACUUCUCCUGUCGGAAGACUCCUUGCUUGGACUUGUGGUUUUAGUCUCCUCCUGGGUUGCGUCUUACCGCUCACAUUCCCAGUUGGGGAAAAUGCCAAUUUACCAUGCGGCUUUUCCCCUGAACAAGCACCUGACAUACGUCUAGUAUGCUGGGGUAGAGGAGUUUUGGUUUACGACGAUGAGUGCACUGAUGAGAUGUUCCGGUCAGAUGGGAAAGUGAUUUUCACCAGACCGUCUGGGCGCUACAACUUCACAGGCAACAUUGCUGAGGGCGAUGCGGCAAUGACCAUCAUGGAUGUCAAUGAGGAUGACUCUGGAUAUUAUUUCUGUUUGUUGAAGGGCAUCGGUAUCUAUCAGUUGUUCAAGUGGGACGUGGAGAUAGAAGGACCCCCCAGAGAGACCGUGGCCCCCUCCUCCAUCCAGACAGCACCAACUCCCAUCAUGGCCACCACGCCCUCCACUGCCAACGAGACCAAGAGUGAGACAACAAUUGUGGUGGCUUCCACUGUGACACCCCUUGUUCUGGUGAUGCUGACUGUUGCCCUGGCUGCCACAUGGUACAUUAAAACACGGACAGGCAGCGUUGACUUUGUGAACCCCAAGUGGACGGUCUUUGGGUCGGAGAUUGCGACGUUUUCUGACGAUGUGGCGUGGAAUGAAGGGGGUGUGGUGCUGACGAAGUUUACUCCUUUAGAGGAGGGUUAUGGGCCGGUGCAUAUCCCACCUGGCUUUGGGCGAGAUGUGGUGGUCACCCAACUGUGAGGCAGACAUGCUGACCACUAGUCCACCGUGCUGCACCUUCCAAGAUGAAUCAUUACAAUCACUCGGUGGAGAAGCUGUGAUUUCGAUACUAACAUCGGGUUUCAUAACCUACUCUUUGACUAGCACAGAAUGAUUUGAAAAUGAAUUUUCUUCAUUGAAUAAUAUUGUAUUCUCGCCGUGAUUUCAGGUUUUCUUUGAUGCUUAUCUCCUUUAUGGUGUAUUUUAUCUACAGUACUCAUUGAUGUGUUUAUGCUAUUUGAAUAGACGUAUGAAGAAACAUCUAGGUCAAAUCCAUCUUAUCCUAGAAGGGUCGUGUAGGUUGUUGUGUGCAGAAUGGGACAUAACUGCACAAGAAAUACAAAUAAAAUACACAACAGUGUAUUUCUAUCAUCUAUAUAUUUGAUAUGAUCUCAAGUUAGUUUUAUUUAGCUCAGUAAAUCAUUGUGUUCUUUUUUAUUUCAAUGUAGACAAGAAUGACAGACUCCUUCAAUCUCUACUUGUGUUACAUAGAAAUGUGCUUGGUUGAAAGCGUACCAGUUACAUCCUGCACAUUUUUUCUAUCAUGUCAUGUAAUCACUUAUGAUUUGAAUUCAAUAAAAAAAUGCAAACGUAA